UGGAUACAAGACAAGAAGCUACGAGUUGUUGCUGGGAAUGUAGUGUGAGAACUGCUAAACCGUUAAAAACAUUGAAACCUGGAUUUGAAACUCCAAUGGCUUAUAUGUAUGUUGUGAAUAUGGAUGCAGCAACGUAAGAAUGGUGUCUUAUUUUUUAUAGUCGAAAACGGAGAACAUAACCGAUUGAUUUUUAAGCGUUCGGACGCCAGCUUAUGGAGGAACUAUAAGUACUGGUGGUAGGUCUCGUUAUCGGUAGGCAAAAUGGGGUACCACCGUGGGCGGCUUUUCGCUUACAGGCUGCCUUACUUAUGGUGGUUUUUGUGUGGAGGAUUAACUGUGUUAAAUGUUUGCCCUAGUGUAGGAUAUAAUAUUCAUAUCUCGGACUCGAUGGACGUCGAUGAACUAAUUUUCAAUGCCACCGUUGGUGACAGUUGGAAUUACUCUAUUUUUGAUAAAAUGAGUUCCAGUUUUGGGAAGUACUUAUUGACUUUAUCAGAUCAUUCAGGAGAAUUACGCCUGAAACGAAAAAUUGACUGCUUAAAUCAAUUGCCAAAAUUUAAUAAUCCGUUCACAAUAUAUAUUGAAGCUACAAAUAAACGAACUGCUAACAGUAAUUAUAAAGUUUAUUUAGAAAAUCAUGCAACAGUUUAUUCUCUUGUUCCAGUAACAGUACAUGUACAUGGAAAGAACUGUCACUGGAAGGCAAACAUACAAGCAAAUUCAUACCUUCAAAGAGAAAUAGACUCUCAGUUAUGGCCAAUGACAGAACAUAUGAUAACUGUUAAUUAUCCUCCAGGAAAUUGUUGGAUGCCUGGCUCACCAAUUGUACCCCUUUACGACUUCCUCCCGGCAUCGCUUAGGGAAUGUUCUGAUUUGCUGUACUCUGUUUUAGACCAUUAUGGUGCUCACAUUGGAAUGAUUCUGGAUCCUCUUACUGGUGAACUGAAAGCAUGGCCUUCACAGAAGCUCUGCCUUAAUUAUAGUAAAUAUGUGGAGAUGCACUAUAGUCUUGGUUUGCAUGCUGGUACACAGUGCAAUGCUGCAAGAGAUUAUAGUCUCUUUCUUAUUCCAAUCAAAUUGACAAUUUCAGCUGAAACUUCUAAAGAUCCUACACAAAAAAGAUUCCAUAACCACAACUCAGGCAUUGGGCAUGAGUCAAGACGAAGGAGAGUUAGGAGGUCGACACGUAAUUCUAAUCCAGUUUUUGCACAACAGGAAUAUAGUGGAAGUGUAUUUGAGAAUGAAGACCCAGGAUAUAUCAUUGAAACCAUUGUUGCCACAGAUUCCGACUCGGGACCUGCAGGGGAACUUACAUACAGUAUGGAAGCAUACGCAGAUGUAAGAAGUAUCUCAAAAUUUACGAUUGGGCCUACUGAUGGUAUUGUGAGAACUUUGGAAACUUUGGAUAGAGAGUUUAUUUCUGAACAUAAAUUCCGGAUUGUUGCAACAGACAGAGGCGAUCCACCAGGUUCUGCAAUGGCUAUACUAACGAUUAAUGUACUAGAUAAAAAUGAUCACACGCCAGAAUUUGAACUUCAUGAUUAUCACGAACAGGUUGAAGAAGGUCUUGUUGCUGGGACAACUGUUGCAACCGUUCAUGCCACAGAUGGUGACUAUGGACCAAAUUCUGAGAUUACUUACCAAAUUUUAAAUCCUGAACCUCCAAAUGAUGUCUUUACCAUUCAAAGUUCUGGAGCUAUUACAACAAGAAAGAAGUUGGAUAGAGAAACUAUAGAAACAUAUACUUUAAAUAUUCAAGCUUCUGACAAUGGGAAUCCAUCUCAUAGUAGUACAGCAGAGGUGGUAAUAACUGUGCUGGAUGUUAAUGACAAUAGUCCGCAAUUCUCUCAAAGAAACUAUGAAGUUGAUGUAGAGGAAAAUGCUGGACAAAAUCAGGUUUUGCUGCAAAUUAGUGCCACUGAUAAAGAUUUAAAUCGCAACCAAGAGAUACGGUACAGUUUAUAUAGUGGAAAUGACCAAGGACUUUUCAUGAUUGAUAGUCUAAAUGGCGAUUUGACUUUGAUCCGGGAGCUGGAUUACGAGAUGAAAAAUACUCAUCGUCUUGUUGUCAAGGCUCUGGAUAGUGGUGCUCAGUCAUUAUCAAACACCACCAGUGUUAUUGUAAAUGUAAUUGAUGUUAAUGAUAAUGCACCAGCAUUUACAGGAAACCUCUAUCAACAAGCUGUGUCAGAGAGUGUUAAUGUUGGCCACCAAGUAAUGGAAAUUAAUGCUUUCGAUCAGGAUUCAGGCGAAAAUGGGAGAUUAACAUAUAGUAUAGAAAAUGUUGAUCCAAACUUUCCAUUCACGAUUGAUGUUGUUGCUGGAAGAGUGUUCAUAACGACUUCCUCGGAACUAGAUCGAGAAACAAUUGAUGAGUACAGAUUCAAUGUUAGGGUAGUAGACAAUGGUGAUCCUCAAUUGAGUGCAACAACUUCUGUCAUCAUCAGAAUCACUGAUGUUAAUGACAACCCUCCUACAUUUCCUGAACGCCGGUAUGAUACAACUGUGGAUGAGGAUGCAAAUUCCGGAACCCGUGUGAUCACGAUUACAGCUGAGGACCCCGACUCUGAUAACUAUGUAUCGUACCAGAUAACUGCUGGGAAUUUACGCAAUCGAUUUAGCAUCCGGACACAGGAAAACCAAGGACAGAUACUCGUUUUCCAGAGUUUGGAUUAUAAUCAAGAAAGACGCUUUGCUCUGACCAUUGAAGCAUCUGAUGGCCAACUAUCAGACACAUGUACUGUAUUCAUUAAUGUUUCUGAUGCUAACACCUAUGCUCCGGUGUUCAAUCAAGCACCCUAUCGUGUGAAUGUACCUGAGGAUGUUCCUAUUGGCCACAUAGUGGUUCGUGUAAUGGCCACUGAUGGUGACACUGGGGAGAAUGCCCGCAUUGAGUAUUCAAUGGAUUUGGAGCAGACAUUUGAAGUAGACCCAGUCACUGGUGAUGUCAAAACAAAGUUGCUUCUUGACAGAGAAAGUCAGACAAGUUAUAGUCUACGCAUAAAAGCGAGAGACCAUGGGAAUCCUGUCAAACAAAAAUUUACAAAUGUAGAGAUUACGGUUACUGAUAUUAAUGAUAAUGAUCCAGUUUUCCGGCUGGACUCUUAUGCAGCUGAGAUCCUUGAGAAUGUGAGCUCCCGACACAGUGUGAUUCAAAUAUCGGCAAGUGAUAAAGAUGAAGGUACGUUUGGGGCUGUAACUUACACAUUUGAAGGAGGUAAUGAUGGUGAUGGUAAAUUUGAAAUUGAAUCAUCUAGUGGUAUCAUACGCACAUGUACAGUCUGUAAAUUAGAUCGUGAAGAGGUUCCUGUCUACAACCUCGUAGCUAUUGCCAAAGAUGGAGGUAUGCGUGAGACAUCGGUGCCAGUACUUGUGACACUAUUGGACGUAAACGACAACAUGCCUUCGUUCGGGACUGAUGAACUUGAGAUGCAUAUUUCGGAGGAUAGUGAUAUAGGAUCCAUUGUCGGAAUCGUCCAGGCAACUGAUGCUGACACAGGAUCUAACGCCAUCAUCACAUACGAGAUUGUUUAUGAACCAGUCGAGAAUUUGUUUAUCCUAGAUGCUUAUACAGGAGAAUUAACAACUAACGGAUAUCUUGAUUAUGAAGCCAGAAGUAGUUACACUUUAUCGUUAAAGGCAACUUCUAAACCCUUUUUCACAACUGUUUUUUUAACUGUUUAUGUUGAUGAUGUUAACGAUAAUGCACCAUUGAUUGAAAAUUUUGACAUUUACUUUAAUAAUUAUGUCGGCCAUUUUCCUAAAGGGGAAACCAUUGGCAAUGUGCCAGCGCGAGAUCCAGACGUUGCUGAUACACUGACGUACCAUAUAGUUGAUGGGAACCGAAAUAACAUACUGUUCUUAGAUAGCAAGACAGGGGGAAUCCAGCUGAAUCCAGAUUUAGAAGGAUCGAAUAUUCCCGGUGUCGUUACAUUCACUGUCAAAGUCACAGAUGGCGUUAAUGAAAAACGAGCAAUCUGCAAUUUCCACAAUACUCUAAUCACAGAGGAAAUGUUCUUCAGUUCUGUCACAGUCCAGCUGGAAAACAUCUCAUCCAGUGAGUUCCUUCGUGACAAGCUUCUCCAGUUUAUUGAUGCUCUGGCUGCCAUCAUUCCUGCUGAGAAAACACAUGUGUUCCUCUUCAGUGUCCGGGAUGACCUAACGGGACAUAAUGUUCUAAACGUUACCUUCGCUGCACAGAAAACUGACCGUACAUUCUUUCAGUCCCAGUACCUUCAAGAGCGCGUUUAUCUGAAGAGAGCAGAGUUGUCGCGUGUCUCAGGAGCUAAUGUCUUACCGUUUGGUGACAAUCUCUGCCUGAAUGAGAUCUGCAGCUACUACUCACAGUGCAUCUCACCAUUUGUAUUCACCGAUGUUGCUGAUUUCAUAUCCGUCGAAACUGUGAUAUUUCGUCCAGUACAUCCCGAAGUUAUGUAUCGCUGCGACUGUCCGCUGGGAUUUACUGGAAAUUAUUGCAAGACCGAAAUCAACUUUUGCUACUCCAAUCCGUGUGGUAACAAUGGGGAAUGCAUCCAGAAAGAGGCAGGAUACACUUGUAUGUGUUAUGGUGGAUUCACUGGUGUUAAUUGCGAGAUAAAUUACAACGAGGAUAGGUGUGAAGAUGAGCACUACAUUUGUAAGAACGGCGGCAGCUGUGCCAACUUUCUUGAGGGUGGUUUUGAGUGCAUAUGCGAGGUUGGAUUCGAUGAGCCUUGGUGCGACAUGCGGACUCGGAACUUCCCAGAACGAGCAUUCCUUAUGUUCUAUGCUCUGACACAACGAAUAAGGCUUAAAAUUUCAUUAAGUUUUGCAACACUGACUGGAAAUGGUCUACUCUUCUACAACGGCCGUUACAACCAAAGGAAUGAUUUCAUAGCGUUAGAAAUCAUUAACGACACAGUCCAAUUCUCGUUCUCCGUCCGAGAUGAAACAACGAAAGUAGAGGCAACCAUUCCCGGCGGUGUGAGCGAUGGCGAAUGGCACACAGUUCAUGUUGAUUAUUUAGAAAAGGGUGCGGAUUAUGGAAUCAAGACAGCAACGAUAGCUAUUGAUGACUGUGAUAUCGAGGUGGCGUUACAUUUUGAAUCCUCUGAGAACACAGAGUACAGAUGUGCCGCAAGAGCAACUCAGGAUCGUAGCGAGAAAAAAUUUCUGGACCUGACCGGGCCAUUCAUAAUCGGCGGUCUCCCUGCAGUGCCAGACCCAUUUCAAGUGACGAGUACAGAUUUUAUUGGUUGCAUCCGAGACGUUACGAUCGACAAUAAUCUCCUAGAUCUGGCCUCCAGCGUUGAAGAUUAUCUCACUCAGCCAGGAUGCGGUGCAAAAGAGAAUUACUGUCGCCAAGGUGGUUUGUGCAAGAAUGGCGGGACGUGCGUUAGUAAAUGGAACACUUACCAAUGCAUGUGUCGUGAAGGUUACACUGGUCAGCGAUGCGAACAAGGGUCAAGCCAGAUUAUGAGAUUUGAUGGUAUGGGGGUAGUGCGUUACGAAGUCACUCCGACAGGCAUCACUCUGCCUUGGAAAAAUGCUGUAUCAUUUAGAACGCGGGCCUUGAACGGAUUGUUGAUGUACAUCAAGGUUGGCUCAGUUGAAAGUCAAAAAGAAAUCUUUUUCGAGAUUGAGAAUGGAUAUGUGCAGUAUCGUUACCAUUCGAACGUGAUCGCGAGAAUCAACAGCGUACAGGUGAAUGAUGGAGAGUGGCACUACGUGGAAGCCGAAUGGAAGAACCGCCAAGUGGUUGUCAAACUUGAUUAUGGAAAAGAAACAGAAACUGAAACGGUAGUGUAUGAAAUAGCAGGGUCGCCCGUUAGAAUUCUGGAGGUUGGUGGAAAAAACACAAAUGAAGAAAAUGUUGAAUUUGGAUUCUCCGGUUGCAUUCAGGGUGUAAAGGUUGGAUCCCUGACUCUAAUUGUUGACGAUAGCAAUACACAUAAUGUUGCUGAUGGCUGUGAUUACAACAACCCUUGUGAAUCUAACCCAUGUCCUGAUGACUCUCGUUGUAUAGACGACUGGAUGGCAUACCAUUGUGAAUGUAACACUGCACAUUUUGGGCCUGAGUGUUCUGGAGCCUGUGAACUAGACAUUUGCAAGCACGGCUCAUCCUGCUCCAUGAAUCUAAAAACCGAGAUGGGGUAUGAAUGUGAAUGCUCCAAAUCGUUUUACGGAGACUACUGUGAAAAUCGGGUUGAGCAAUGCAGCAACGGCUUAUGGGGAUUCCCCAUAUGUGGGCCGUGCAAUUGUGAUCCAAAUCUGAGGGAGAACUCGGCAUGUAAUAAAACAACCGGCGAAUGUACUUGUAGAGCUUACCACUACAGGAAAGGAGAACAGUGUUUACCCUGUAAUUGUUAUGGUCCUGGUUCGUAUGGACCAGAGUGUGGUGACGAUGGACAGUGUUUGUGUCUUAAUGGCGUAAUUGGAGAACGUUGCGAUGAUUGCACGGAUCCCUUCGGGGAGGUUAUAGACGGAAAAGGCUGUGAAGUGGUUUAUGAUUCAUGUCCGCGCCGUUUCAAGGAAGGACUCUGGUGGCCACGUACAAAGUUCAAUAAAGUAGCGAACGUUCGUUGUCCAAAUGGUACCAUCGGUGACGCGACACGUAGAUGCGACAUAAAUACCGGGUGGCUAGAUCCUGACUUGUUUAUGUGUACUUCCAUCAGCUUCCAAGGCCCCUCUAAAACAUUAAAGGAAUUAGACAGUGGCCAGAAACUGAACAAAGCGCUUUCUAUUGAAGUCGUAACUUCGCUAGAAAGUGCUCUGCAGAAAACUGGGAAACUGUAUGGCAACGACGUCAGUAUUGGAUACAAACUUCUCAAUCGUGUUCUGGAACACGAAAGUAAACAGAAGGGGCUGAAUGUGACCGCCACUCAAGAGAGCACGUUCAUCGGGAAAGUAAUAUCAAGUCUGAACCAUUUGUUGGAUGACGCAAACCAAGGUCAUUGGUCGAUCAUUCAGCAGGGGCUAGGGGGCACCGCGGAUCUCAUGAAGAAUUUUGAACUGUUUUCCAUCAACAUUCCCCGUGAAUCAGACUCAAUUACCUACACACCUAACUUCACUUACGCUACAGAAAAUGUUGUGAUGAGGUUCCAGUUUUUGGAAAGAAACAUCUCAAACAUGACAACAAUUCCACAGUACGAGAAAGAUGACGUCGUCGACCAUACAACCCGCAUAUUACUUCCUAAGUCCGCAAUCCAACCGAAACCGACCGUUACCGGACCAAGCCUAUCAGGAAUGUGGGAAAAUGUGGCCGUGGCCUCGUUUAUACUGUACACCGAUCUUGGAAAGUUAUUACCGAUGACUGGCGAUCACACUGUUGAGCUGUCGUGUGGUUCUGGGUGCCAUAUUGUUGUGAAUACUCCAGUUGUAUCUCUCAGCCUCUUUGAUGCUUUAGCUAACGGAACCGUUGCCAAUCCUCUACCUGAUCCAAUCAUUAUUGAGUUCAAAUUAGACAGUACCCUUAACAAGACCAAUCCCCAAUGUGUAUUUUGGGACUUCACAAUGAACAAUGAAAGUGGAGGCUGGUCAAGCAAAGGAUGCAGCUUGCAAGGACAGUCAAAGGAAAAGGUCUCCUGCGCUUGCAACCAUUUAACAAAUUUUGCUGUCUUGAUGACCUUUAACCCAUCACCGGUGCAUGCGCCACCACCCAUGGCAUUGGAUUACGUGGUCAACGCUUGUCUAAGCAUCUCGCUUCUUGCACUAAUGAUGGCGCUCUUUAGCUUCACAUGUCUUUCGCAUUUGUACUCCAACCUAAAUAGUAUUCAUGUGAACGUUGUGAUAUCGUUGGUGAUUGCGGAGAUCAUCUUCAUGAUCGGUAUUAGUAGCCCAAAUGAGUCUUUCUGUACAUUCGUGGCUAUCACUCUACACUUCACCCUGCUGAGUGUAUUUUCGUGGAUGUUCAUUGAAUUCUUUCACCUGUACCGUAUGAUGACCGAAAUCCGAAACAUCAACCACGGUCAGAUGACGUUUUACUACCUCGUUGGCUACGGAAUCCCAGGAAUAAUAGUUUGCCUCGCGGUGCCUCUUAGCAUCGAGGAAUACAGCAUGCAGAUAAAUAAUAGCAAUGAGCACUUUUGUUGGCUCUCAAUCAACCACAAACUUAUAUGGAGUUUUGCUGCACCUGUCAUAGCAACAGUUUUCUUCAAUUUGGUGUUGUUUAUCAUGGCCAUUCGAGUCCUAUUGCAGAGCACUGAUAAAAACGCUGAAUUUGCAGGAUUGAAAGCCCUAAUGACCAGCUUAUGUGCGGCAGCAAUUUUGUCACCGGUUAUCUGCAUUACCUGGGUUUUUGGAUUACUAGCUGUCAAUAAGGACAAUGAUGCUUAUUAUUAUCUAUUUGCUGUCUUCUGUUGCCUCCAGGGUAUAUUUAUCUUCAUCUUCCACUGUCUCAUAAACUCCAAGGCUCGCUACGCUUGGUGGGCGUGCUGCAUGAAGAUUCAGGGCAAGAAGGUCGGUGACGAUUUACAAUCAAAUGCAACAAUAUCCCGGUCAAAUCUUGCGUACAAAUCCUCGGAGGGCAACCAAACAAGAUUCAAUGUUGGAAUAUCUACAAAUUCCACAAGUAGUCGCUCAGCGAGCAAGACCAGUAGUGGCAAUAUCUACCGUCCCGAGGGCUACCUACGCACCACAGCAAGCACUUCGACUGCCACCCCAUCUUAUGACUACUAUCCAGCUUAUUAUCAACCGCGACAGACAAAUCUUGACGAUCCUUCUGCCAUGCAGGUCAGACCACCUCUGCCAAACCUAAUGGAACAAGAUUCCGAUUCUGACAGUGAUGCUUCAGUAAGACAAGCCCACGACAGUAUGUCACUAGCUUCCUCGCACUCUUCAGACGAAGACGAUGAAGUCCCGGAUCCAAAAUGGAACAUGCAACCCAAGACUGUUAACACAGAUGUAGUGGAAAGUCAGCCUCCUGUUCCAGGCCCUUACCAUAGCACCCCUAAAGUUCCAUCAUCAGAUAGCGAAAACCAAAAGAUUUGGUUCAUACCCGUUCCAGGAAUGACCCUUGAACCUGAGGCUGAUAAUUAUAACCAAGAUGCAGAACCAGAAGGUUACCAGCGGAACGCCUGGCCAAGCGAAGGCUAUUCAGCUACUGCAAGUGAUACAGAAUCGAGGGCAGGCUCUCAUAAAGGAGAACUGCAAGUCCUUGAUGUGAAACUGACUCCCGAGAAGGAGAACAGCCAGACUGAGAGUCCAACAGGCAGUAUUGACUGUCAUCAGAAUUUAAACGAGCGGCCAGACAUCUUACCUAUUCGUGGAAUCAUGAAGAAUUCUGAUUCAUCACGUACGCCAAGCAUCACAAGUCUAACGCGAACUGCAAUACCACUUGGUAUGGGUGGUCCAGAUAAGCUAGGCCUCAAGAUGAGGGACCGCACUGGACAUAUGUCUGAGUCUGAAGCAAGUAGUAACGAAACAUCAGUAUGACAAUUACAGUCAGAAGAGCCGGAGUGUUUACAGCAAGAAAAUCAUGCAAGCGUGAAUGAGGAUAACUCUGAAUAUUACGUCAUCGUGUAAGAGUUUCACCCGUUCAUACUCUAACCCCAGCCCACCAAAUUUGAAUCUCAACAACCAUUACAAGUCAAUGGUGUCAUAUUUUUUAAACCUGUUUGUGCAACAAAGGUUUUGUGGUAGUUCAGUGUUUUGUAAUUAAAAAUAUGUUUCAUUAAUAUUAAUAGUAAUGUGGUAAUCUUGAUCUUGGAUAAUUGCAAACAUUUUUUUGUGAUUUUAAACUGAAAUUAACUGGAUGCUUGUCGCUGUAUAUGAGGCUUUUCUGAUGAUUUUGUAUCAUUUCUGGAUUAAUGCUGUUAGGAAAUAAAGUAAUUUACUAGGUUUGAAAGAUAUUAAAAUAAUUUCUGAAUUAUACUCUAAAAUGUAUUGAUGAUAAAGAAAACAUAAAUUUAUUUUUUAUUCUUUAGGUGGUAUAGCAAAAAUUAAGCUUAAUUAUUUUGUGUAAAUAAAUCUAAUAUUUCAUUUUUAAUUGUGUUUAUUGAUUUGAUAUAUUAUGUUAAAUAUGUGGUGCUUUGAGGGCAAGAUAACUCGGAAUUAAGAUGUAGUGUUGAUUACAACACUGUUAAACAUUUCUGUUCAAGAAAAGUUUUUUACACCACAAUUCUUAAAGAAAACCUUGGUAGAUUUUAUAUAAAUUUCUUUAUCUGCUGUAAGAUCACCUUGUGUCCUAUGUCAAAAUUGAGAAGUUUUUUGUAUGGAUUUAAGAAGGUAAAUUACUUUAUACUAAAAUUUAGCAGUUUUGGCAUAUUUGCCAAACCAUUGUGUAGAAAUAAUUUGUAUAUAUAGUAUAAGAUUAUAGAGUAUCGAUAGUAUUUGGAUGGAAGUACAGUAUUCACUUUUGCUUAUUAAAAGAAUGUAUAUGUGUGUCUGUUAUCGUUCAGAUGUAAAUUGGAUUAGGUAAAGAAAGCUGAAUCUCUUAGCAAAAGAGUGAACGUAGUUUAGCUCUGACAGUUGAUUAAGUCUAAUAAGCUUCAGUCGUGACUUGGUGUAUUCUCAGUAUUGUACCAUGUUUGAAUAAUUGCUGGUUUUAAUAAGUCCCUGACAAAUGGGUCUUCGAGUCUAGCAUUUGAAAGUUUAAAAAAAACUGUUCUAGAUAUGUGCUGUAGAUGUUAAGCAUUAAUAACGUUGUCUCAUUUUUCCAUAAUAGUUUGAUGAAUUCAUUCCUCCAUGUGAUUUUCUUUUGUGGUUUGUUGGAUUAUUAAUAUCUCCUUUCAGAGUAAGUGAUAUUCAAUAAUAUCUGGUGUUUAUCAUCAUCUUUACCUUGACUUUUAUGUAGCUUUAAGCAGUACCGAAUCGUCCUACUCCGGAUUUUCAGACAAUUUACAUUAUUGUUGUCUGAUAGCCUUUUUGUAACCAGUUUGCCAAAGAUGUUUUCUUUUUUUAUUAUUUUUAUUUCUAAUAGAGGGUUUAUGACCCUGAGGCUCAAGGGUCAAUUUGUAAAUAUCUAUAUGUUUGUGGAAAUGUAAAUUGUAAGCAUUCUUAUGAAUUUAUUUGUUGAUUAAUUAAAAUUGUGGUCUGUUUUGGUAUGGUAUUUUUAUAAUUCUUUCAACUUGUCAGAAGUAAUAGCAUUUUGAAGACUGUUCCAAAUUUUUAAUAUUCAUAGAAUAAUAAUGUAGUUUUUAAUUUGUGUUUGCUGUACUGUCCAUGAAUUAUUUUAAGGGAAUUUGAUAUGGGAUUUUAAUCCUAAUAUCUUAGCAUUUUGUCUUUCAGGUGAACAAAUUUCAAUACUUAAAUGAAUGUUGAAAAAUCGUUUUAAUUUUUGAAACAUGUGAAAUGAAUUUUGUAGGCAGAAACUAGUUUCAGCAUCACAGUGAAGUGUAUAACUAUGUAAUCUUUAAUUCAAAUGGUAAAAAAUAAAGGUAAACUAAUUUUGUCUUGUAUACCCCUUGCCCUUUGACCUCAUCCCGUCAUGACCUUGUUCCCUCGUAUGCCCUCAUCCCCUCUGUCAAUAGCAGUACAGUACUUUUUAAUUUUCUUCCACACUGUAGUUUAAUUUGUAAAGUUUCAACCGUGUAUGUAAUGAUUGGCUUGUGUAUUAUAAAUGGUUUGCAAGAUUUUGUUUUUAAUAAAUAUUUUGCUUGUUUACUAAA